GAUACCUCAUUUGACGUGUUCUUAGAUGGAAUGCAAUGAAGGAUUGUCAAGGCAUUCUUGACGAGGUUGGUGCGGACAUCAUUUGCUUUCAAGGCAGUGACCUAGAGAUGAAGACUACACGCGCAGCGCUGCCUAGAGACGUUGCUAUACCCGACAACUAUACGUCCUUCUUCUCGUUUCCUGUGUCAAAAGGCGGCUACAGCGGCGUGGCCGUCUACACAAAGUCCUCUGAAGUCGUACCGUUAAAGGCUGAGGAAGGUCUGUCUGGGAGACUCCAGCCAAAGCCACCGCUCUCUGCAGAGGAGCGCAUCUCACAGACAUAUCCAUCUGUGAACGACGUUGCAGCAUAUCCCGACGAGGACGGCGACGUUCCUGGGACCUUUGACGCUCUCGAUUCCGAAGGCCGCGCGCUGGUAUUGGACUUUGGACUCUUCGUGCUGGUCAAUGUUUACUGCCCAAACGAGACUUCCGACGCUCGGCUUCCAUUCAAGAUGAACUAUCAUCUUCUAGUCGCGGAAAGGGUCCGACGGUUCAUUGACGAAGGACGCGAGGUCAUCGUUAUGGGAGACAUGAACAUUUGUGCGACACCACAGGACCAUUGCGAUGGACACCUGACGAGCGUGAGAGAAGUUUUCUGGGACCAUCCAGCGCGUGCUUGGUUCCGACAUUGGUUAGAUCCGGAUGGGCCUAUGGUCGAUGCCGUACGCACCUUCUGGCCUGCUCGAAAAGGGAUGUUCACUUGUUGGAACCUGCGGACACAAGCACGCGAGACUAACUACGGUACUCGGGUCGACUACAUCCUGGUCACCAAGGGUCUACUCAAGUGGGUCAAACACGGUGAUAUCCAGCCUUCAGUGAAGGGCUCCGACCACUGUCCGAUUUACAUUGAUCUGCACAACGAGAUUACUCUUGACUGUGGAGAAACGGUCAAGCUGCGAGACGCAAUGAAGCAGUGUCAUGAGCCGAAAGCCGUCCCUCGGGUGGCAGCGAAGAGCUGGGAGGAGUUCUCCGGCAAGCAGACUCGACUGUCCACAUUCUUCGGCAAGAAGAACGGUGUCAAGUCACCAGCUGACAAGCCAGCCGAGCCCAGUCGACCAAUUCGUCCGCCCCGUACCAUAGCUCCCGGAGUGAAUGCCGAGGCUGGGCCCUCGACCCUGACCCGCAAGACCUCUUCACCACGACCUGCAGAGACGCCGGCCAAGAAGCGCUCUCUCCCACAAGCGAACUCGCCUACGGUCACAAAGAAGCUAAAGAAGGAUCCGGGUCAACAAAAGCUCGGGUCUUUCUUCAGCAAGCCUGCCGCUACCAAAGACGGAUCCGUGGGCAAGCGGCAAGCCGAGAGCAGGGCCGCGUGGGCCGACGUCUUCGCGCCUGUGAAGCCACCGAGUUGCACUGUGCAUGACGAACCCGCACGGCGAUAUACGGUGAAUAAACCUGGACCGAAUAAGGGCAGGUUAUUUUAUUUAUGCUCUCGGUCGGUCAAAAUCGUGUGCUCUCUGUAUGUGGAAUCAGCUCAUACUGUUUAAUAGACCUGUUGGUCCGGGAUACGACAAAGGCAAAGGCGAACGAUUGCGGCACGAAGUCAAUCGUGAGUUUCGGUGUGAUUACUUCAAGUGGGCGAACGACUUGAAGCAGGAACGCUCCGGACCGAAGAAGCCGCCAUGACUUCUCCGUGUUCAUGUAUCUCUGUAUGUUUCUAUUAGAACGAAAUUCUAGAUUCAGCCUUGUUGGGCAGUGUU